CCACGGGCCUCAGGCUGUGCAGACGGUCCUCGGCCCCCACCUUCUGCAGGCCUCUCCUGCUCAUCCUUGGCAGCUUGCCGAGCGGGGCGCUGGGGGGCACCUAGAGCCCUCCGGGCAGCAUCCUGGGGGUUUGUCCUGGGUUUGUCUCUAUGCCAUGGUCUGGCGCCGGGAGGAGGCGCCUGCCCUGGCACAGGGCCCCCCCGACUCUUACUGCUGUGGGGCUCUGUGGGCGGCCACCCCCAUGCCAAGCCCCAGGGCAGGGCCCCUCUGCGGUUCUGGGGAGCGGUAGCCUAGGCUCCCUCUCACCACUGCCCAGCAGCCAGGCCCGCCAGGUCUCUUGUUCUGUGGGACAGGACCUCGGAGCAUGGAGGGUUCUCAGGGAAGACUCAGAAUGGACGUGGGAGAACAUCUCUCCAGAGGCCACUGGUCAUCCUCGGCUCCACUCACCACCCUGCCCCUACCUGACCCAUCCCAAAUCCUGCUCCUCCUCUCCCCUCCUUCCAGGACACCUGCCAUAACCCCCGUAGGUCUCCCUGGGCUGCUACUGUCCUCCAGGCCUUGUGUCUUCACCCUCAUCCCCCCACAGCCAGUCCCCUGUUCCUCUCCCACCCGAGCUCUCUCCCACCUUGCCUGGCUGACCUCUCCUGUUCCUCAGAGGCAACGUCACUCUUCACUUCUCCAGGAGCCUUCCCCAGGGCAACCCCCCCCCCCCAAAAAAAAAAAAACCUUCAGGACACAUAUGACCAUGUGAAGUUAGCACAUUUCCUUGCUAACGGGUUUCUGGUGGCGACACCAGGAGGGAAGGGACUUGUGUCCAUCCUCUUCUCUAGCGUCCUCCGGAUCGAAGCACUUGCCAAGUGGGUGAACGGAGUGUGUGUGGCUGAGGGAGCUCCUCGAAUGAUCCUCCACCGAGGGGCCUGAGCCAGUCGCUCCCUCUCCAGGCCUCCCCCUGAGGCUCCACACCCGCAUCUCCCCAGCUGCGGGGAAUUGGGCAAAUAAUGUCUGGGCCCAGAAACAGGGAGGACGGACCGAGAUCGCCUCCAAGCUUGUUCACAUCUCCCUGGCGUCCCAGUCCCAGGCGUCCCUCCGUCUCCAGCCACCCACGCCCCAGUGCCUCCCGGCCCCACCCUGCCCAGCCCCUCCCAGGUGCCUGCAGUUGGCGCAGCAGCAGCUCCCACAGCACCUCCAACCCCCGGCGGCUCACCAUGGGGGCUCUGAGGCCCUGGGCCCGAUUCCCACUACUGGUGGUGGCCCACCUGCUGGCCCUGGGGAUUGGGGCUGCGGUGUUUCAGGCCCUGGAGGGGCCUCCAGCGCUGCAGCUCCAGGCCAAGCUCAGGGCCGAGCUGGCCACUUUCCAGGCAGAGUAUGGGGCCUGCCUGCCUCCUGGGGCCCUGGAGGAGCUGCUGGGCAUCGCUCUGGCAGCCCAGGUCCACGGGGUCUCCAGCCUGGGCAAUGGCUCAGAGGCCGGGAACUGGGACCUGCCCUCGGCCCUGCUCUUCACUGCCAGCAUCCUCACCACCACGGGCUACGGCUACACGGCCCCACUGUCUGCUGGCGGAAAGGCUUUCUGCAUGGUCUACGCAGCCCUCGGGCUGCCAGCGUCCCUCGUGCUCCUGGCCACCCUGCGCCGCUGCCUGAUGCCCCUGCUCUGUUGCCCGGGGGCCUGGGGAGCCAGCCGGUGGCAGCUGACCCCGGCCAGGGCAGCGCUGCUGCAGGCGGCUGGAUGGGGACUGCUGGUGGCCGCAAUCUUCGUGCUGCUGCCGGCCCUGGUGCUGUGGGGUCUGCAGGGUGACUGCAGCCUGCUGGAGGCUGUCUACUUCUGCUUCGGCUCGCUCAGCACCAUCGGCCUGGGGGACCUGCUGCUGGGCCAUGGCCAUAGCCUACACCCUGUGCUCUACCACCUUGGCCAGCUGGCCCUUCUCGGUUACUUGCUCCUCGGGCUCCUGGCCAUGCUGCUCGUUGUGGAGACCUUCUCAGAGCUGCCACAGGCCCGUGCCCUGGUCAAGUUCUUUGGGUCCAGUGGCCCAAUGACUGCUGAAGACCAAGGUAGCAUCCUGGGCCAGGAUGACCUGGCUCUGAGCACCCUGGCGCCCUCGGCUGCAGCCCCAGAACAGGCCCCGACUUGCUGACAGGGGUCAAGUGAUGGAGUUGAGCUCCUUCCAGGUGGACAAGCCUCCAGAGGAAGCCUCCAGAGAGGGGAGGGGAGGGGGUGACUGUAAGGCCCUCAGGCAAUAGUGUAUUUUAAAAAGCGGGGCCAAUAACCCCGACUAUUUUCGUCUCUUCUUUCAAUGGGACUCCUAAAGCGAUGGAUGAUCCAAACCCCAUCAUCCGGAAACCGCACCAUCCUUUCAGGGUAAAGGCCCAGCAGGGCCCUCUGCUGCCUCUGGGAACCUCGAAGUCGGCCUGGGGCCCACUCGGGAUCCCAGACGACCUUAUCGGCCUCAGCCCCACCCCCUUCCGUUUAUUG